UUAGGAACAAUGCAGUCCAAAGUAAUAUUCUGUGUUCUAUUUGGAAUAUUUCUAACGUCUACAUUCGAUUUUAAUGAUGCGGUCGUUUUCAAGUUUACAAACGUCGUCUGUGAGAGCUUCAACAAAUCCUGGUUCGUGUUCCACAACUGUCGUCUGAAGGCUGUCAGUCGCACCAAAGUGACCUUCAACAUGAAUGCGACGAUAUUGCAUCCAACUAACGAUAUAUUUAUUCAUGCCAAGGUGUUCAAAAGAGCAAAUGGCUACAAGCCAUGGCUUUUCGACGUCAACUUUGAUGCUUGUCUGUAUUUGCGAAGGCGUAGUAUACCCUUUGUUUCCCUAGUCUACGGGCUCGUCAAAGAGUUUUCCAACAUUAAUCACACAUGCCCCUACGUGGGUCCACAGAUAAUCAAGGAUUUUUAUCUAAAGCCCGAGCUACUGCGUCUUCCCAUUCCAACGGGGGAUUAUAUGUUGUCGCUGCAGUGGCUAUUCAAUAAAAAGCCACAAUUUGACACGAACGUUAGUUUUACUUUCGUGGAGGAUCUACUGAAGAGCAAAUAA